AAGUUUAAAAAGGGGUAACGGAUUUUUUUUUUUUUCAGUUCAAUUGAAAAAGCACAGUAGGUAUGGAGAGACAGAGAGAGAGAGAGAGAGAGUGAGAGAGUGUGUGUGUGGUGUGUGGGGUGUGUGGUGUGGGGCUGGAAGGAGGGCAAUAAACCCUACAAACCAGGUCCACCUCAAGAAACAUUUUAUCCCUCACUCUGCUCUUGCUCUCUCUCACACUUAAAUUAAUUUUCUCUCUCUUUUUCUGCCUGAGAUGUCAUCUCUGCUGAGGGAGGAGAUGGACAGAGUCUUGUUCCGACCGGAGGGACAGAAGCUGGUGGAGUUUAUAGAAAUAGAGGAGCUACAGCAGGGACGGCAUUUUCUCUGUGUUUCUAUAUCUAAGGAUAAAGAAGCUCAGAUCUCAGUGGUCUUGUGUCGGAGAGUUAAGCAGUCACGGACCAAGAAGCUGCAGCACUAUGGGCUGGAGGACAGCUAUGAGAGAACAGAGAUCUGGGCCCUGGAAGACCUGCUGAUUCUGGACGGUAGAGAUCCAGAUAUAGAUGAUCCCUGCUUCUUGAUGUAUUUCGACACGGUGCGGUCCGUCAGAGCAGUGAGUUGUGCUGCGAAAUACACGCUGGCCCGCUGUCUUCUGUCCCUAAGCAGGAAGCGUCACCACACGGCACUAAAACUUGAGAACUUUGACUGGACUUACAUUCAACCCACUGCAAUGUAUUCAGAUCGUGGUGACUGUAUUGUCCUUGCGCAGAUCUGUUUCUAUGCCUUUAAUCUGGUGUGUCUUUCCUUGUGUCCUGUGCCUCUGUAGAGAAAGCAGACAUUCUGUUUAAUCUUGUUUAAUGAAAUUUAUUUUUUUCAACUGACCUUAAAUCUAAACUCUUGAUGUUGAUCAAAAAAAGUUAAUUUCAGCGUAAUCUGUAAUACCCUUUGGGAGUGCACAAACACCAUGCUUUGUGUUUUGAGCACUUAGCCAUGCUUUGAGCACUCAGACCUACACUAACUGUAACAUAACUCCACAGUGUGGGUGAAAUCCAAUUUGUGCCUGUGCAAAAUGCAACACAAAAGGGUGUUUCUGAUGAGUAAUGCUGUGACUUGAAUUAUAGUAAUUUUUAUUUAUUUAUUGACUGUUAUAAAUUCUACAUUUUACAUUUUUGCAUGUGUUUUAGCUGAUUCAUUAAGCAAGCUAUACUAAUGUGGUUUAUCAUUGUAAAAAUUGAAACUAUGAGACAAUGUUGUGGAUAUUACAGCAUACACUUUUAAUAAUCUUGUGCAAGCUCAUCUGGUGAAACGUCGCUUUAAGUGUUAUUUAAUCAAAUAUAAUGACAUUGCAGUAGCAUUGCAAAACAUCCAUAAAUUAAUUAGGCUAUGCCUCAAUUUGAACAAAUUAAACAUUUGGAGAAUAAUAUUUGUAACUGUGUGCAAGAUAGCUUUAAUUCUCUGCAUGCAUAUUAUACUUGGUUUUGAAGACUGUUAAAUACUGUGGGCCACUAAAAGCUGACAAUUCAAGAACAUUUAAGGGAUAAAGUACCAUCAGGCGGGCAUUUUCGCAAAAUAAACCCUGAGUACAUAUUCCACUGAUACUUACUAAAUGAAUUGGUAUUUUAUUACGUGAAAAUAAAAACCGGGCUAUACAGGAUCAUUACACAAAAAUAUUGACCAGUCAGGAUGUAUUCCAACAAAAUAAGAUACUCUUAUGUAAAAGUUUAAAUGCGCACUGUA